UAGCGCCCGAUAAUCGUUUUAUUAUCAAUUGAAAAAUAGUCUUUAGUCACUGACGGGUGUAAUAAAUUUAUAAUGAUUGAAAAAUUAUUUAUUUACUUUAUUUUAAUUAUUUCGCUAUCAAGCCCAAUAUUUUCGGUGCCAAUCCAUAAAAAUUGUUAUAUCAGCAAUGAUUUAAUAAAUCUUAUUAAACAAUUAGAGGGUUGUGUGGAACCGCUAAAAGAAAACGAAGUUCCCAUUGGAAUGGAAUUCGAGCUUGUACGUGAAUAUUCUAAGAGUGAUAUUUUCAAGAAAUAUGGCUGGGAUACUAAAAGUUCAGCCGCUACUUUUGUGAUUAAUGGGAAAAUUAUAAGUGUCGAUUUAAAUGAUAACAGUCCAUUAAGUCGGAGGCUUGUACUUUUUAUGACCGAUGAUCGAACAGAGGAUUCAGCAGUAUUAAUAUUAAACUUUACGAUUGAUCGAAUACCUAUUGAUGAAUGUGAUGGAACGAGUCAUUUGAAACCACCGAUCCACUGAAGUCAAUUUUAG